AUGGACUCCUUUUCAGUGAAGAGUAACAGUAUCGUAGAGGACUCGCCAACUGCAACGGAUAAUGGUCGCGUAGCUCGUUUGAAGAACCUCCUGGAAGGGAAGAAGCUGACUGUUCGGUCAUUCAACUUGAAGGAUACCGUUGGAACUGGCUCGUUUGGUAGAGUCAGGGUGGUGAAACUGAAAGGGUCCGAAGAUCAGUCCCCAAUGGCCUUAAAAAUGCUCAAAAAAUCUGAGGUCAUUCGGUUGAAACAAGUGGAGCAUGUCAAAGCCGAGAAGAAUAUCCUGUCGAUAAUCGAUCACCCUUACAUCGUCAAUCUGUUGAUCUCCUUCCAGGACGAGAGGCGUUUGUAUAUGGUCAUGGAGUAUGUCAAUGGUGGGGAGCUCUUCUCCUACCUUCGAAAGGAAGGCCGCCUUUCCAACGACCAUGCUAAGUUUUACACAACGGAGAUUAUAUUGGCAUUCCAAUAUUUGCAUGAUCGUAACAUCGCGUACAGGGACUUGAAGCCGGAGAACUUGCUGAUUGACCCUUACGGGCAUGUCAAAGUGACCGACUUCGGCUUUGCCAAGAUUGUUGAUGAUCGAACGUGGACGCUUUGUGGCACCCCUGAAUACUUGGCACCAGAGAUCAUACAGUCGAAAGGUCACAGCAAGGGUGUUGACUGGUGGGCUCUAGGUGUGCUCAUAUUUGAGAUGCUUGCCGGUUACCCUCCCUUCUACCACGGAAGCGCCUUCGGGAUUUAUCAAAAGAUUCUCGCAGGGAAGGUCGACUUUCCUCGAUAUUUCGAUGUUAACAGUAAGGACCUCAUCAAGCGGCUGCUCACACAAGACCUUUCCAAGCGGUAUGGUUGUCUCAAGAACGGUGCCGAGGAUAUCAAAAAGCACAAAUGGUUUAAAGGUGUCGAUUGGGCCAAAGUAUUCACACGAGAGUUACCACCCCCUUAUGUACCGAAAGUGAGAGGGGAGGAUGAUACAUCUAUGUUCGACAAGUGA